AUGUCCUCUUUGUUUGGGGAUUUGCCCCCGAUGAUGAUGAUGAGCGCGAAGAAUCAGAAGAAGAAGGAGGAAAAGGAAAGAGAAACGAAAACGAUUUCAGAAGAAAAGAUUUCAAACGCAACAACUUCCUCCUCGUGGGGGAAAAGAGAACGCGCGGUGGUGGCGAGUGCGACGACGACGAGAAAAGAAGAAGACAAAGAAGAAGACAAAGAAGACGUUUUUGGUGCGAUGAAGGUGACGAGUACUGCGAUGACGAAAAGACGGAGAGGAGUGGAAUCCUCGAUUGGGAGCAGCGACAGAAAGAAAACGAUGCUCAACUUCACCCCGGAACAGAUGAAGAUGCAACAGUUCGCGUUGAGAGCGAAACACCGAAGACAAAAGCAAGAGCAGUUACAACAACAACAACAGCAGGAAAAAAAUGGCGCGAAGACAACAACCCCUAACGGUAGUACGAAAGCAAACAACAACGCGCGAGAAAAGCGAGCCGGCGAAUGGAGAGAAGAAGAGCAACGAGGUAACGAUGGCUUCGUCGCGGGGUGGGACUGUCCGGAUGAAUACGACCCGUUCAAACCAAACUCCUACGAAGACGCGAAACUCCAACGCACGCGAGACGACGAGGAGAAGACGCGACGAGAGAAAGACUGGAUGGAGAGAAAGAAGAUCAAGGAGGAAGCGCGCGAAAAAGAGAAGAAAGAGAAGGAACAGGAAGUGAAGAAGAAAGAAAAUGGUGGUGGGGGAAAAGGUAUGUCCAUGGCGAUGAAACUGAUGAAGAAAAUGGGAUGGGAGGAAGGUAAGGGAUUAGGCAAGAAUCAGGACGGCAUCGACGCUCCGUUGGCGGUGAAGAAAGACGGGAGAGACACCGGCAGGAUUGUUCAAUCGAAAGCUCUCUUUUCUUCAAAAUCGGAAAAGAUAAAAGGAAAGACUAAUGAUCCUACUAACAUGGAAUAA